AAAAAAAAAAAAAAAAAAAAAAAAAGAACAAGAAAUGAGAAGGAAAAAUACGAUUUCUGUAAGGAAAUUAGAAAACAUAGAAGAUCAAAAAAAAAUGUCUUCAGAUGUGGAAGGGGGAAGCAGAGAUGCGAAGUAGGAAAACAGUGCAGAAACAACUCCCUUUUCCAUGUGAAUACCCUGAAACAAAUGAAAAGCAAAUCUCACACACAAAAGGAACACAAGACUCGCAGACUUCUUCUUUGUUUCCACAGUUGGCGGCUUUGAAGCUGGACCCAGACCUUGACGGCAGCCCACCCAUCCAUCUUUCAGCUCCACCACCAUACAACACUACAACACCCAACCAAGGAAGGGAAACAGACUCCAUCACGCCACAGACAAGCACAGGAGCAGCUUCUCCAAUAGCACACAGACUACGUAAUCCAAAUCAAGAUGCAGCCUUCAACAUGCCCAUGGUUGAAGUAUCUGGACCAGAAGGUACAACGUUGGUUUUCCGCCCAUGGACUUCUGCUGACAUCACAGCAGCCUCACAACAUCUACCCAGCCCAACAACAUCAGGCAAAAUGUUUGCUGAGCAAUUCUCCACAUUUUGCCAAGAAUUCAAACCCACCGUAAAUGAACUAAAAAGACUCCUAAUCACCAAGAUGAAACCCACAGAUUGGCAAAAAAUAGCUGGGAAAUUCCCAGAUGCUGAUAUCCGUUGUAAGCACAUCACUUGGGAACAUGAAUCUAAUGCCCACUAUAGAGAUGUUGUCCGUCUUCUCUGUGAUGCAUUUAUUCAAGCUUUUCCUGUAAAAAUCAACAUGGAGAAAAUCACUGCCUGCAAGCAGAAGGAUAAUGAAAACCCUGACGAAUAUCUCACCCGCCUGACAGAGGUAUUCAACACCUACAGUGGCCUGCAACUACCUGACGAACCAAACAAUGUUCCGGAUGUGUGGGAAAUUCAUCUUUGCAACAGUUUCUUAAGUGGACUAAAACCAGACAUUGCCUCAGCUGUUAAAAGUUCCUGUAUUGGAUGGAACGACGCACGUCUGUCAGAACUUCGCAGACAUGCCAUACACGCCCACGACCAAAUACUCUCAAAGAAAAAGAAAAAAGAAGAGACAACACAGAAGGAGCUUCACAUGGCAGCAAUGACCAUGUAUAACACAGUCCAAGGACGUGAACAACCGAACCAUGAACAAAAAGGAAGAGCACAGGGUCGACACAGACAUAGAAAAAGACCUACACAGGAUGCUUGUUUCAUCUGUGGUCAAUAUGGACACUGGAAAAAUGAGUGUCCCAGAAAAACUUCAUCGAUUCCAGUGGACAAAUCGGACUGAAAAUGGUCAAGGGCUGUCGGAGAGGGAUGGACUCCUGCUGACAAGCCAAACCAACUUGUGAAAUCGAAGGAAGGUGAAAUCAGCCCUUCCACAACCAGCCUCCACACCACUGCAUGAUUUCCAACCUGGCGACUGGGUGGUGAUAAAAGAUUUCAGGAGAAAACACUGGCA